GUGGUGUUUAAAAUGGCGCUGUUCUCUGGUGAUCUUUUCAGCGUCUUUGAUGAAGAGUCUAGCACUGGGAGUGAAAAGAAAAGGCCAGCCAAAAGAGCCUCGUCUAAUGGUUCCUCUUCCCCGCGCGAGUCCUCGGCCACUCGUACCAAAAGACAGAAACUAGACCUGGACAGUCUUGAAGCUGAUGAUGAUGACUCCACUGAGAAGCAAGAAGAUGAAAGGAUUGAGCUUGAAGAUACAAAGAAGGUUCCUUUUUUUGGUGAACCAGCCAUUAUUGUCAACAUUGAUACUGAAGACACCUGCACACAUGAAGUUUCUGUUCCUGCAAAUUACAAGUUUGAGUCUUUGAAACCGCUGAACGAAAAACCUGCAAAAGAGUAUCCGUUUAAAUUGGAUAGUUUCCAGAGGAAAGCUGUCCAAUGCAUCGAGAACAACCAGUCAGUCCUAGUCUCAGCCCACACCUCAGCAGGAAAGACUGUAGUAGCAGAGUAUGCCAUUGCUGUAUCACUGAGGGAUCGUCAACGUGUCAUUUAUACUACACCACUCAAGGCAUUGAGUAACCAGAAGUACAGGGAGAUGUAUGAGGAGUUUAAAGAUGUUGGACUAAUGACUGGAGACACUACCAUUAAUCCAACAGCAUCGUGUAUUGUCAUGACUACUGAAAUAUUAAGGAGUAUGUUAUACAGAGGAUCAGAGGUGCA